AUAGUGUUGAAAUACCAAUUGAAAAUGAUAAAGGUCUACCUAUAAUUGAUAAAAAAGAUCAUAUAAAAGAAUCAGCAAUAUUUACAAAAUGUGCGGCAAUUACAAUUGACGAAGAGUAUGAAAAUAUAAUAAUACGAAUGUAUAACGUCAAUAUCGAUGAAGCGGAAAAUAAAGAUCUUUCUGAACCAUUUGAACCAUUAAAACUUACACUUCACUUUACCGAUGAGCAUGAAGAACAAAAUUUGCCAGAUGCGGAAAAAAAAAGUAGGCGUGGUUAUACCAAAAUGUGGAUGAUCGGAAAAGACUUUAAAGCCAAAGAAUGUAGUAGUAUAGAAAUAAAUGAUGGUGGAAUAAUACAGUUUAUUUCUGGUGCAGAUGAUUCCACGCUUUCUGGUGCAGAUGAUUUCACGCUUUCUGGUGCAAAUGAUUUCACGCUUUAUGGUGCAGAUGAUUUCACGCUUAUUUUGUUAAAAGGGAAUGGAAUAUAUAAACAUAGUUUACGAUAUUUAUCGAAUGACAUGAAAUUUUAUCAUAAGGUUUUACCAUUAAAUUACCCAGAAAGAAUAAUUCAUGCCUUAAAGUAUAAUUGUGGUGAAUACGUUAUGACAUCAUCAGAAAACUUAGAAAACCUAGACAAAUUAGAAGAAAAAUUAGAAGAAAAAUUAGAAAAUAAGUAUUUUACGAUCCUUAAUAUAAGACCAUUCUUUGAUGAAGAAAAUCAAAUAGCAUGGGAUAAAUUAGUUCUAAGUGAACAUUUGACAAGAUCAGGUCCUGAUUCGGGUUGGAGAGAACUAACUCCUUCUGAAAGUAACAUAACUAGCGCGAAGCCUAAUGCUUAUGGCAUUGAAGAAGAAUUUUCGUUAUUGGAUUUGGAAGAAUCUGAACUUAAGUAUUAUUAUGGAACAGAACCAUGGGCUGUUCAUCCUGCAGAAAAAAUAAUUGAUACUUAUAUUAAAGUGCCACCUUCUUUUUCAAGACAUGUUAUCUACCUUGAUAAAGAGAAAACCAUAAGACUCCUUAUAGGAAACAAUACUAUACAAGUUUGGCGUGGUAAAAAACUCGAAUUCAUUCACAUAGUUAAUGAUAACCCCGAAGAACCAGAAGAACCUCAUGAAAAUAAUAGAAAUGAAUCAACUAAUGAUUCCGAAAAAUGUAUUACACGAAUCCUUUCUGUGAUCUCAACAAGUGAUAAUGAAAGUAAUAGUGAAAAUGACAUCAAAACUAAAUUAAAGAAGGUCAAAAACAUUAUUGUGAAACACUCUUUAAGUCAUAAAAAAAUUGAACAAGAACGUCCCCUUCAUUCAUGGCAAGUUCCAUUAAAAGAAAUUUUCCCUGAUGAAGAAGCGUAUGGUUUUUUUGCAAGGAAAGAAAGUCCUGAUGCUAAUGUUGAUAUUGAUGAAAUUGAUUUUAUUUGGACCAAACCAGAAAAGGCAUAA